GUCAUCUCUAUUCUAUUUCUCAACCUUAGAUUUGAAUCACGGAACUCUUGUGUUCUCUCUCUUGUUAUUUGUACCCAAAAUAAGAGCUUUCAUUCUCUCCCAUUUCAACAUCAAUGGCUCAGAAGAAGAACAAGCACUUCUUACACGAGCUUCUAAGCGAAGAUCAAGAGCCAUUCCUCCUCAACAAUUACAUCUCAGACAAGCAAAACCAGCUCACAAUUCAUUUUUCUAAGCAAAAACCAGGAACCCUAAAAACCUCAACUUUAUUCCCAAUUCAUCACCUCUGCAAGAACGCUCUCUGCUUCAAUUACUCUUCCACAGCACCACCAACAACCACACCUGAUAUCACCAAAUCCCCGCUAUUCAGAAUCUCGCAACGGAGUAGUACUAAGAGUCCGUGCAGUGCACGUGCUUCUUCCCCCAACGCAAUGUUCCUUCAUGUUCCUGCAAGAACAGCUUCCAUUCUUCUAGAAGCUGCGCUUCGGAUUCAGAAGCACUCCAAUUCCAGAAACACCAAUGGAUUUGGCUUCUUCGGUUCCUUCUUUAGGAGAUUCACGCACAGGGGAAGAAGGAACAAGAGGCAAAUUCAGAGUAAUGAUAACAAUGUGAAGAGGAAGAAGAAGGUGAAGGAUAUCUUGAAAUUCGAGCUAGAUUUGGGAAGAAGAACAACAACAAAGGAAGAAGAAGAGAACAAGAAGAAGGAGAAUGUUAUGGUGGACGCUAGUGGUGUGGGGUUCAGGUGUUCCUGCAGUGAAGAAGGGGUGUGUUCUUCGAGUAGUGUUCAUGAUGAUGAUGAUAAUGACUUAUUCUGUGAAAGCCCUUUCCGUUUUGUUCUUCAACGGAGUCCUUCCGCCACCUCCUCCUCCGGCCGCCGUACGCCGGAGUUCUCCUCGCCGGCAUCGUCUCCAAAUCGCCACAGAACAGAGGACAAAGAACAUAAUAAUAAUAAUGGAGAUGAUAGCAUCAACAAAUUCCAAUCAGGGAAGCAAGAAGAAGAAGAAGAAGAAAAAGAACAAUGUAGUCCUGUAUCAGUUUUAGACCCACCAUUUGAGGAUGAUGAUGAUGUUCAUGAAAGCAAUGAUGAUGAUGAGGAAGGUUUUGAUUUGGAUUGUAGCUACGCCAAUGUACAGAGAACAAAGCAACAACUAUUAUACCGGCUAAGUAGAUUUGAGAAAUUGGCUGAGUUAGAUCCAUUGGAACUUGAGCAAAGAAUGUUAGAUCAAGAAAACAACCAGUAUGGAACAUAUAUCAACGAGGAUAGUUGCGGAGACGGCGAUAGCGAAUUGUCACAUGAAGAAAAGGAAUUGAGAGAAAUAGUGUAUGCAAUCGUCAACCAAUCAAGCAGAUGGCGAGUUCCGGAGGAUCUCAAGAGACUAGUUUAUGAUCUCAUUAUGGAGGAAGAGAUUGCGGAAUUUGAUUGCCCAAGAGAUAAGGAGAUGGUGAUAGAAAGGGUUUGUAAGAGGUUGGAACUAUGGAAGGAAGUGGAGUCCAACACCAUUGAUAUGAUGAUAGAUGAGGACUUCUCAAGAGAGGAAAGUGGGUGGAAGAAAAAUUCACAACAGGUAAGAGACUUGGCUGGAGAACUUGAGCUUGCUAUCUUUGCCCUUUUAAUGGAGGAAUUUUCAGAGGAACUAGUGUAUUGAAAAGAAAUAUAUGACUCCUAACAUUACCCCUGUUCUAAGAAAAACCCCAAGAUUUGAAUCCAUGACCUUCAGAUCACAAGAUAUAACAUCAGGGUAGACACACUUGAUCUUUUGGAUGUUCAUAUGGGCAAAUUUUAAAGCUGUUGAUGACAGGAUUGUAGUAUGAAUAAUUAUGUUUAUUCUUUAUUAGAAGAGUACAGUCUCACAUGCAACUUAUUAGGAUAGGCUAAUUAGAUAAAAACAGUCCUAAAUAGAUUAUGUGAGUUUAAGGGGAAACAUAAGAAAUGUGUACAUGACUUAUGUAGUACUUGGCUGAGGAUGUUGUAAAUUAUUUACCUUCGUUUCUUAUACACUAUCAUUUCUAUUUUCAGUUUUUC